AAUCCUUCAUUUUGUUGCCAGACAUAGAUAGAGAACCGAAAAAAUUAGGAUGUAGGCAAGGUCUAGUCGCAUAAUUCUGUUGUUUUACUUCAUUUUUGAAAGCCCAUAAGGUCCUUACAUUGAUCUUGUGAAAAUAUAGAACGAAUUUUUAAAUACCGGACCUUCAUCGAGGUGCAAUCAUUUGCAGUAUGGAGGUCCUUUUCUUUGACACGCUAACCCAUGAAACGAGUGAGGAGGUGAACAUGGAUCUGGUGCGGUUCUCCAUGCCUGUAUGUAUCCAUGAAGUGAGGGUGAUACCCAGAGGAUACAGUAUCCAUCCAAGCAUUCGAGAUGAAUCUGGAAUGGGGCAAACCAGUCCUCAUAGCUUCAAGCUGGAAACCUUUGUCCACAAGAUGACGAGUUCCAGUGCCAUUUUUGAGAGGCUUGGCACUUUGGAAUACAAGGAGGGCAGUGACAUACAAAUCAUUCUUAAAAAUCAGGUUGCCACUGAGAGCAUGGUGGUAAGAGGACGGUAUGGACGGCUUACUCUCAUGGUCUUGGGUAUGCUAGCCUCUAGGGGUAAAGAACCAGAGAGGUCCCCUUCUCCCCCUCCCCCACCACCACCUCCACCACCCAAGCAGGUGCCUCAACCAAGUAAACGACCAAUUGAGGCUGUCAUCUCUCCUGAACCACCCCAGCCCCACCCAGCUCCCGAUCAAUCUAAACCAGGAGAAUGGGACUCCUGGAGCCAUGAGCAGGAAGCUAAGAGAUCCAGGUACAGCGAGCCUCCUCCUCCUUCUGAGCCUGUACCGGAGCCAGUUCACAUACCGACCACCACCCCCAUGCCCCAACCCCUCCCACCUAAGAAGGGGCCUAGGACUCCAUCGCCACCCCACCCAGCAUCGGGUGGAGCCGAGACGUGGGAGGAUCCUUCACCGAGCGAUGAGAGAGAAGGACACAUGUGGCCAAGGGAUGAGGGCAAGGGAAGGGGAGACUGGCAGCAAAGGACAGAUCCCUGGGAGAUACCGCCGGCGGAUGGAGCUGUGCCCGUCCCGGAGCAUGGAGACGGAGGCGACGGAUGGGAGACGACUGAUACCUGGGAGCCUGGAUACGAGGAGGAGUGGGAAGGAGAGAGGGUUGAGAGGGGUCACCGGGGACCCAGGACUCCUCCUGGAGAACCUGAUCACUCCUCCUCUGACUACAUGGAAGGAGGAGUAAGAGAGGAAGGUAACAAGGUGGAAAGGUCUGUAGAAGGGCCAGGUGAUGAUGAUGAAGAUGAAGGAGGAAUUAGGAGAGAGGAGGCAGACAUAUUUGAACCUCUCUCACCAGAGGAGGGGCCAUCACAGAGAAGAAGAUAUCCUCGUCAGAUCCAGAAGCCAUCGAUACAGCGAUCUCAAGACAAUGAUGACACAGACAGCGUGGGACAGGGGUACGAGGAUAUCUUGAGCGACGAGGAGGCUCUGGAGGAAAGCGUGGAUAGCUUACGUGGUCUCAUGUUAGCUGGGACUUUCAGUGACCUUGACAUGACAAGUAAUGAGAAACUGAAGAUGCAAAGUAAAGACCAGUCUGGUGAUCUACCCAUCGGAACCUCUGCCAUUCAGGAUAUAGUCAAAGAAUUCAAAGAUUCGGAUCACAAUGCAAAAUGGGUGUCUGCUCUUGAAGAUCUCCCCUCCCACCUCGGCCCUGGCCUGGCUCACCUCGGUCCAGACACUCUGGACACCAUCAUCCACUGGACCCUGGAGGCAGUGGACUACCAGGUAGCCAUGAAGCAGACCUUAGCGGUCAACAUCAGGCAGCUCAAGGCAGGCAUGAAGCUGACGUGUAACCUGUGUGAGCUGGGACCAACUGUCUCUAAAGUCUUUGUGGAUGCUGGUAUCCAAGAAGCUCUGAUAAAGCUCAUCUUUACCGAACACAUGGCCUCAUCUCUCAAGCUUCUUAACGAAGAGAAUGCCGAAGAGGGCGAUGCGAAGACUCCGACGGAGACGGUUGAGGAGACCAUCGAUACCGUCGACGCCAGCAGUCUGGAUGAGGAGAGGAUGGAUGGGGAUGCAACGUCGAUCAGCUGUGGUGAUGUCGACAAGGUCAUGGGGCUGCUCAGCGAGCUGCUCAAGAUCAUCCGGACUGCCCCUCAAACAAUUAUGCAGCCUCAAACCAAGCUACCACUUUUCCCCACCUCAGUGACUAUCAACAGCCCACCGGCACCGGAUCCAUGGCCUGUCAUGUGUCACAUGUUCAAACACAGGAAUCUCUUGGAGAGUCUGCUUCUCCUGCUCUCCUGUCCUGUCACUUCAUCCAAUGAGACGUUGAGUAGUAUCAUCAGUGAGAUCCUGAGUGACAUGCUUGACCAUUGGCCAGGCCUCCUCUACAUGUUCAGCGAAGUAGAAACCUGCAAGGCCCUCUUCCAAUCACUCACCAGUAACUAUGGCGAUGAGGAAUCCACUGAAUUUGAGACCAGCCUGCACCAGCUAGGUCUCCGCCUGGUCUACACCCAAAGCACACUACAUUACAUUGACCUUAUCAGCAGCAUCGUACGACCUCCAAUGACCUUCUGACCCGGGUAGAACGAGGGGAUACUGGGGGCGUUGAGCAGGGCGUACAUGAUGGCAGGGAGUAGCCCUCAUGGUAGGCAGGCCCUGGCUAGGGUGUUCUGCAUGGCUGAUAACUUGGAAUGUCUCCUGCCGCUAGCGCAUCUCAUGGAGACAAGAGACACAGGAGAUGAGAAAGUCCUGCUGACAAGCAAGAAGACUGCAACCUAUGGCUAUGCAGCCCAGCUGCUCACGCUCAUUGUACAGUACUCUGAAGACAUUCCAUUCAUGCACAAGAAUGUCUCUGCCCUCUUGGAAAGCUGCACAGAGGAACACAUCGUCCAUAAGUGGGUGGAGCCUCUGAAGACCAUCAAGAUCGAUGCUAGCUGUAUCAGCAACAUGACUGAAUACCUCAACCUCAACAUGACUCAGAUGACAAGUAACCUUACCAAUACAGCUCCUGGCAUUCUGACGUGUCUCAGGACACUGCAGCACGUCGUCUGCCCACCGAAGGUCAUGGCCGAAAAAGGUCUUCAAGUGGAUUUAAAGUACAAGGUUGCCACGAUGCAAGUCUUUACAUCGGGAGCUCUCUCUGCAUUCACCACCUGUAUGAAGAAAGUAUCCGACUACAUGCUGCGCCCAUGGCAACAAGGAAUCAGCCUUGCUAGUGGCCACACCCACAUGCUGGAGAGUAUGGUGCUGUGUCUAUUACGACUCGUCAAAGGCAUGCUGACACAGUUACUGGAGUACAAGGAUACCCAGUACUGUGAUGAACGCUUGGUGAAUAACCUGCUUCUCCUGCACACAGUCAUCUGCUCUGCUCCUACCAGCGGUAUCCUUAGCAACACGGCGUCCGAGAUCCAGAAUGGUAUCGUUGACAUUCUCAUGACCUUCACCAAGCCAAUGGGUGAGAUCAAGGAGCAGACGGAAGCAGACAUUGCCAAGAGCUGUUGGACCAGGAUGUUGCACACGUUGUUGGAGUACGUCCCCUCCGCCCCCUUUGCCUUUAUUGGUGGUUUACAACUCCUGUCUGAAUUGCUGCCACUCCCGUUACCCAUGCAGACACAAGAGAGUUUGUCUGAAUUGGAGGUGCAGCAGGCUCUGAACCUGCGUCGCCUGUGGAGCCUUCAUCUCCACUCGGAGACUGCCUCCAUCCAGAAGAUCCUGGGGGAGCUAUCCCUCUCCAGCUCCCCGCUUCAACAUUUCCUGAGGAGGUUCAGCUGCCAGCUGGCUGAUCUGGCUGGCUCAACAGCUCUGGUGGUCAUCAGGUCUUAUCUCCAGGCCUUGUUGUCGUGCCUGGAACCUAGAGAUGAGGGUAGUAGUAAAGAAAGACCGUGUAAUGCCGAUGCUACUAGAGUUCUUACUCUCUUGGUCUAUCUCAUCUCUCAACCGGCCAUCAAGGCAGCAUUCCUUCAGCUUUCAAGAUCCAGUGCAAAGGCUGAUGAGCAGUUUGUCGGUGUGUUGCCACGGUUACUGACGUUACUGAACGAGCCAUCUAGAGCAUCCAGUCACCAACAGGCCCAAGAGUGCAUUGUGACCUUCUUGCAGUCUCUGUGCGACCCUGAGAUCACCCUCAUGUCCUCGGAGACCAUGUUGAUGAGUGAACAUCUAGCCUGUAGCCUGCCCUCUAGAGACCACAUGGAGAUGGUCUGCGGAGCCCUGCUGGAUCACGUGACCAGUCCUAACCACUCCUACGCCAGCAUCCUCCCGGCUCUACGCAUGCUCACCAUGCUCCUGGAUCAUAACUAUGGAUUCUUUCACCUCAAGAGCUCAUUGGACAAGAGACCGGGAGCCUUCCACAGCCUCCUUGGCCGUCUUACGGAGGCCUUCAGCAGGGAGAGCUCCGACUACCUCUCCACCCUGUCCAACACCCUGGACCUGCUCCACCUCCUGCUCACCAGGGAGGGAGACCAGGAGACAGCCAGCAUGGGGGAGGAAGGGGGAGGAGCUGCAGGAGGGGUAGCUGGAGGGUACAGGACGCUGGCCAUGGAUGUGAGGGAGCUUGGAGAGUCUCUCAGGUGGUCGGAAGAUGCAGCGCACCCCCUCAGGAGGCUGGAGAAGAUCCUGGUGGAUUGCUGUAAGCAUGAUGAGACCAUGGAGCACCUCCUGGACACAGUCAGCUCUCUCCUUCAAGCCUUAGACAGCCCUGAAACCAAGGUACCAAACCCACUGUACACCAUGCUACCUGACAGUAUGGGUCUCCAUGAGCAGUUCAACGGCCGUCUUGUCUUCUACGUGACCGAGGACGAUGACGAGAGAGUGACCACAGGGAUGUGGUUGGGUCUACCUUCCCUUGAUGAGCUGGAUACAGAGCCAGAAAUGGCUCGCUGUGACCUGGAGGAGAUCAGGGCCAAACUAUUGCCAAACUUUGACCUUCAAUCGGAGCUUGCUAAGGGACUUGGUGUGGAAGAUGUGUCACCUGAUAAAAAGAAGAGGGGCCUGAACAGACGUUACAACCCUCUAACAUUCAGUACAGGGAACAAAGGUGCCGGUGCAAUCCGUAGAUCACACAGAGGCUAUGGGAGGCCGGACUUUGGUCGCCGGGGGCGUGGAGGAUACGAUCUGUUCAGACAGCGUGCUCAGAACACCAGUAGACCGCCCUCUAUGCACGUCGAUGACUUCAUGUGCGCAGAGAAUGAUGGUGGCAACCAACAACAACAGAAAUCACAGAGAGGCCCACCAGGAAGGAACGUUCGAGGUGAUUUUCAGAGGGGUGGGAUGCGAGGAGGCAGAGGUGGUUUCCAUAACAACCAAGGCUCUUGGAAUGGACCAAAUUACAGAAGAGACGAUGGUAACCCGAUGGGACGUGGAGGAGGGCGUGGCCGAGGUCAAUGGGUCAACCGCCAGCAGAGAGGACCCUUUGAAGGUGGUGGACCUAGGGGAUUCCCCCAAAGAAACCGUUCUGAUGGUGGUGGACCAGACAAUCGUAUGGGACAACGAGACCAACCUUACAAUCGGAGCGGAGGGGGUCAUGACCGGGGGUACCAACCCCACGGUGGCCCCAGGGGUGGUGGAGGAAUGAGAGGAGGAGGAGGUGGAGGAGGUAGAGGAGGAGGAGAAGGAGGAGGAGCAGGAGGAGGAGGAAGGGGUGGUGGUGGUGGUGGUAGUGGGGGCAUGUCUAGGGUACCCUUCAGCCUCCGCCGAGGUGCAGGUGGUGGGGGAGGAGGAGGAGGAGGAAGGGGGUACCGACCUAGCAGCUCUCAAGGAGGAGAGAGAUGGGGAGGCAUGGAUGGUGGUAGCAGGUUUCUGACCCCCAAGCCGAUGCGAGGAAACAGGAUGGGUGGUAGCCGAGAGAACCAAGGCAGACACAGCCGAUCUUUCACCAGAUAGAUCAACAAACUCAAAGACAAUUCUAAAAGAUGAUCAUUUGCAAAGAGGACCAAGGCAGACACAGUCGAUCCCUUGAUCACUUAAAAGAUCAAGAAACUCAAAUGACAAUUCUCAGAGAUGAUCAAUGCAGAGAGAACCAAGUCAGAUACAGCCGAUCCUUCACUUGAUAGAUCAGCAAACUCAAGGACGGUCCUUAAAAAUGACAAUUUGCUUCUGUUGGCUUAUAUUAUUCUGCAAGAUUAGUGAGCAAGAUGUACAUGAUUAUUAACCAAUGUCAGUAAAUCGGAAACCCCCUAUGAAUGAGGAAAGUCUUGAAGAAGAUGUGGCUAUGUUAUACACUCUGCUUUAAACAGUACACAUGUGUAAAAACUGGGAAACGCCCAUGCCAAUCAUCCACUAUGAAUAAAUUUCAAACUUAUUGUGAGUCCUGCUUUGUAACGAGAUGCCUACCUCCUGUGUUUGUUGUAUAAAAUAUGCUAAAUAAAUGGUUUUUAAUCUUCUGAAUUUAAGAGUAGGCCUCUCUACACUGCUGCCUGUAUUGUGGUCAAGUGGUUAACAUAGACAUAUGCUUGAAUCAUGAGUGUAAAUCAUGCUAGUCAUUAAAUGUAUGUCCAUCCAAUACACUACAAUUAAAAUAUCAUAACUAAAUUGUUUGUCCCUAAGUGGUAAAUCAAAGUUAUUUGAUCAUUUGCUGUCACAUACGCUAACAACAAUCAAUGAGAAGAAAAACGCAAGUAGAAAUCGCAAAUGUCAGUUUACGUGGUAUUUGGUCUGAUCGGUGUGGCUCGAUCAAUGCUCUAAUAGGGCUAUCAACUUAAUAGCAUUAUUGGGUUUACGAAAGACUGUGGUGAUAUUGGUAGCAUCUGGGAAGAAAUACCCGGGACUUGCCCACAUGUUCAUAGGAUUGACAGGAAUUUCAAAAUGAUGGAGGCAUUCAGCAAAAAAAUGCCAUCAGGCUCAUAUAUUGAAUUGAAUUGAAUUAUUUGAUUAAUUUGCUAAUUAUUACAGAAAAUCUUUUCUCCAUUGGUUUAACAUAGCAAAGGUCAGAGCAAAGAUCAUCCUUAACAUUUCCGUCUGCAUUCUUCACUCAUGAUAAUAAUUUCACUCUGAAAAUUUAAUAAUGUAAACUCUGAAUUUUUGUUCUGACAUCCUUUUACAGUGCCACAGCUGGCAGUGUCUCAUAAUCACCCCCAUUGCUCCCCUUACAUGUUUAACAGAGUUUCUCAAAGAGAAAGGACCAGUAGAUUCAAUUGUUUGUUAUGUAAUUCUGGUGCAUGCAUCUGACUAUUUUUUGUGUUUGAAAUCCUUUAUUUUUAACACACAUAUGCCCAAAAACCUUGCAUUGGUGAUGUGAUGUAGCUAUCUCAAUCUCAUGAUUUUGUUUGAGUUUAUUUCAUUUUGUUAAGCAAAGAUAGCUGCUCCAUGUGUACAAAACUUGCUUCAGGAGCUCUUUAUAAUGUUGGUACUUUAAUUGUGAUUAUUUUGUAAAUAAUCUUGAUGAUGAAUUAAAUCUACAAUUUUUUUCAUGUAACCUAAAAAGAUUACAGUAUUUUGUUCAAAGUGUGGUAGUUGUGGUUUUGUGGGAAACAUGUAAUUCAAAGCUCUGGUCUACAUGAGACGAUACUUAAUUUCACGGGGCAAAGACUAUUAGUAAUAUUUUUAUCUUCCAAAUUUAGUUUCUUCUUGAUACUUGGAUGUUACUCCUGCUUCUUGAUUAAGUUAUUUUCUUGUUUAGUUUGAAUCAUUUUUAAUUUUCUUUUAUCUUUUCUCUCUGUAUUUUAUUCCGUCAUAUAUCUAUAUCUGAUUCAUACUCUCUCUAUCUCUCCACCUCCCAUCAUUCUCCCAUUUCACUUUGUGUCUGUACAUUCCCCUUGGCCACUAAAACAUUUUAAAACCUCUGUUGUUCUUUCUCUCACUCCUUCUGACAGCUAUCUUUGUUUUUCUCUCUAUCAUCACGUUACUUUGAUCCAUUUAUAAGACUUCAGACCUUCA